UAAGCUUAGUUUCCUUUACGAAGCAAACAACCAAUCCAAUCAACCAACCAUGUUCAAGCUGGCUGUCCUCGCCGCCAUUUUGGCUGUCGCUGCUGCUGCUCCAGGAGGUCUUACUGGCAUUGCCAUCAGUGCUGGAACUGGCCCAAUCCACGCUCCCCAAGUGGUUGCCGCUGCUGCACCCGUUGCCGCUCAUGUUGUAGCCCAGCCUGUGGCCCCAGCUGUCCUCCAGACCCCCAUUGUCACCAGGACCGUCCUCAACCAUGCUGCCUAUGCUGCACCUCUACUCCACGCUGCUCCCCUUCAUGGUUAGACAAUAAUGUCGACGAUAAAUCUCCAACCUACCACCACCACCUACCAACAAACCAACAGUCAUGACGAGACAAGAACAACCCUCAUAUCAUCUAAGGCCUCGUUAAUUGCGUUCGCGCUAUUAACGAUGGUGCAAAUACCAUAGGCUCGGAGAAACGACAACAACAA